UUAAAGCAAUGCCACCCAUUUAAAGAGAAAAGGAACCUGAAUAUAUAUAAGAGAGUACACACUACACAAACCACAAGAACCAAGAAAGAGAGAGAGAGCUAAUCAAAAUGUAUAGGUUGAGCAACACAGUGAUUGGGUUCUUGAACCUCUUCACUCUUUUAGCAUCAAUACCUAUUAUUGGUGGUGGUCUAUGGAUGGCAAGGAGCAGCACAACAUGUGAAAGUUUCCUCCAAACCCCACUCUUAGUGAUUGGUUUUGUUGUGCUAAUCAUAUCUCUGGCUGGGUUCAUUGGUGCUUGUUUCCAUGUCGCUUGGGCGCUUUGGGUGUACUUAGUAGUCAUGCUGUUCCUUAUUGCAACCCUGAUGGGGUUGACUGUGUUUGGGUUUGUGGUUACAAGUCAAGGUGCUGGAGUUGAUGUGCCUGGUAGGGCAUAUAAGGAAUACCAUCUCGAGGAUUACUCACCAUGGUUGAGGAAGAGGAUUAAGGACCCCAAUUACUGGAGCAACAUUAGGAGUUGUAUUUUGGGGUCUAAGACUUGUGCAAAGCUUCUUCUUUGGACUCCUCUCGAUUAUCUUGAGAGGGAUAUGUCUCCAAUACAGUCUGGUUGUUGCAAGCCACCAACAGCAUGCAACUACAACAUGGCAACAACAGUGAGUCAAGACCCAGAUUGCUACCGGUGGAACAAUGCCCCGAAUAUGUUAUGCUACGAGUGUGAUUCAUGCAAGGCAGGAGUGCUUGAAAAUAUCAAGAGGGACUGGCACAAGCUCUCUGUUCUCAACAUUGUGAUGCUUGUUGUCCUCAUUGGAAUAUAUUCCAUUGGAUGCUGUGCUUUCCAAAACACAAAAAGAGCUGAAACCGAUUACCCCUAUGGCCAGAACCGGAUGUCCAAAGUCCGGCCCAGAUGGGAUUACCACUGGUUUUGUGGCUGUGGUUAACCACAAGGUCGGAGGUGGAGAUGGUGGCAUCACAGAAGAGAACAGCUUUACUAGUUGAAGAAAGAAACUCUUAUCUUGUUCUGUAGGUGCUAUAAAAAUAUGGGAUUAUCCUGUUUCUUUUUCAGUGUUAUAUGCAUGGGAAUUGGAGGUCUCAAAAGCCUUCUUUUUGCAUAUACUUCUUUAUUUUAGCUGUCUAAGUUUUGUACAAAGAUAUGGAUUUACUUUUGUUUCAAAGAUCAUACCGGCCACUACAUGUUUUCUAACUUUACUAUUGUAGACUGCCUUUUUCCUUUUGACAAUGCUGUGAAUGUUUUUAAAGCUCUCAACUUAAUUUA